AUGAACGAGGGGAAUUUUUCUUGGGUCAAAAACGAUGAAUUCGAGUCAUCGGCCUCGUCGCCAUCAUAUGCGACCGGUGAAAAGCCGGACGAUGUCAUAGCGACAAGACAUGAGAGUCUCUCUGCGAAAUGGAUGAGACUUAUCGUCGCGAUUCUCACAGUCAUCUCAAUCUUUGGCCUUACGACAUUCCUCUUCUUUCAAGAGAUCUCAUUCGGACACCAUAAAGAUAUCUCUCUGAAGACUCCACACCUGUCAGAACCAUCACCGAACGUCAUCACCUACAACGAAUCCAUUCCUUCAAAACCUCAAAUCCGCGACACAGACGAGUACAUCCUCUCACCAUCAUGGAACGUCACGUCAAGACCAACAACACGAGAACACUACUGGACCUUAACUCAGGCCGAUUUCAAUCCAGACGGUGUCUUUCGGCCAAUGCUGCUCAUCAAUAAUCAAUUCCCUGGUCCUCUCAUCGAAUGCAAUGAAAAUGACACAUUGAUCAUUCAUGUCAACAAUCAAGCUUCCAACGCGACAGCGAUCCAUUUCCAUGGCAUGUUCCAAAACGGAACGAAUAAUAUGGAUGGAACCGUCGGAGUCACGCAAUGUCCUAUUGCACCGAACUUCAGUUUUACGUACAGGUUUGAGGUGAGGGAGCAGCAUGGGACGUACUGGUAUCAUGCGCAUCAUAGUGCUCAAGCUUCUGAUGGAUUACUUGGGCCAAUGGUCGUGCACUCUGUGAGGGAGAGGGGAAUGGAUGUUGCGAGUGAUAGAGUGGUCAUGGUGCAGGAUCACUAUCAUAAUCUGACUUCGGAGUUGUUGAUGGAGUAUCUCGCGCCCGACCAAGAGAACAAUGAACCUGUACCCGAUAACGGUCUUAUCAACGGUCGCAAUGUUCGCGAUUGUGUUGACUUCGAAGGAUGGGACUGUGACACCGCCAACCGCGACAUGCUCAGCAUUGAUCUGGAAGCUGGACAAAAGCACAGACUUCGUAUCAUUAACGUCGGCGCUUUUGCUGAGUUUCAAGUUCAGAUUGAUGAACAUCCUUUUUACGUCACAGAAGUUGACGGCACAGAUGUACACCCUGAACCGAUUCAUCGAUUGAACGUCAUGCCUGCGCAACGGUAUAGUGUUGUUUUGGAGGCGAAUGUCACCACGGGCGAGGCAUUUUGGAUGAGAGCUAGGAUGGUGACGCAUUGCUUCAAGAACGAGAAUUCGCGACUAGAAGCAGAGACCAAGGCGAUCAUCCGAUAUCAGAAACCAGAUCAGCCAACAUCUAGUGACAAGCCGACAAGCAGAGAAUGGUCAGAUGCAAUCGAGGUCAUUUGUCGUGAUCUGAACACCACUGCCCUUCAGCCCGUGGAAGUCAUCUCCCCACCUUUAGCAAACGAAGUCAUCAUCCUGCGCGCAAACUUCGAAAUUGGAGAUUGGCGUUUAGCAAGGGGUUUCUUUAAUGACUCUACCUGGCAUCCCAACGCAACGAGUCCGUCUCUCCAUCGAUUUCUAGACUCUGGUAUCCAAAGCACAACCUCAAAAAGACCAAUCACGAUCAAUGAAAAAAUAUUUGACCAGAAAAAUGAACUUGUUCUAGAAACAAACGGUAUCAGAACAAUCGACAUUUCCAUAAACAACUUCGAUGACGGUGCUCAUCCGUUCCACCUUCACGGCCACAAAUUCUUUGUUCUUGCACAAGGUCGCGAUGGUUAUCCACCAACGCCCGCCGAGUUACAAGCCUAUCUAGAAAAACACAAUUUGUUGGAGAAUCCUUUGAGGAGAGACACUUUUACAGUGGAAGGGUAUGCCUGGGCUGUUAUACGUGUUGUGCUGGAUAAUCCGGGCUUAUGGGCUUUCCAUUGUCAUAAUACGUGGCAUGCGGAGAGUGGGAUGGUUAUGCAGAUGUUAGUUAGGUCUGAGGUUGUGAAAGGGUGGACUGUUGGAAGCGAAGAGAGGGAGAUGUGUAAGAGGGAGGGUGUUGGGAGGGGGAUGAGACCGGAUGAUAGUAUUUGGUUUGGACAGUUCUAG